CGCGGAGCGCCGCCCUCCUUCCCGCCGGGCCGCCGCCGCCAUGAUGCUGCUGGGCCGAGGGCUGGACGCCAGGGACAAUCAGACUAGACAAAUACAAGAUGCUGUUUCAAAUGUGGAAAAACAUUUUGGUGAAUUGUGCCAAAUAUUUGCUGGAUAUGUUCGUAAAACUGCCAGACUACGAGACAAAGCAGAUCUUCUAGUAAAUGAAAUAUAUGCAUAUGCAGCCACAGAGACACCAAACUUAAAAGUUGGACUGAAAAACUUUGCAGAUGAAUUUUCCAGACUUCAGGAUUAUCGCCAGGCAGAGGUUGACAGGCUUGAAGCCAAGGUUGUUGAACCUCUGAAAAGUUAUGGGACCAUAGUGAAGCUUAAAAGGGAUGAUCUUAAAGCAACUUUAACAGCAAAGAACCGCGAAGCCAAGCAGUUAUCUCAACUGGAAAAGACACGUCAGCGGAAUCCAUCAGAUCGACACAUUAUUUCACAGGCUGAAAGUGAAUUGCACAGAGCUUCACUGGAUGCAACUCGAACAACACGGCAAUUAGAGGAAACCAUUGAUAAUUUUGAGAAACAGAAAAUAAAGGACAUAAAAAACAUAUUUUCUGAAUUUAUAACUAUUGAAAUGUUAUUCCAUGGGAAAGCUUUAGAGAUAUAUACUGCUGCCUACCAAAAUAUCCAAAAUAUUGAUGAAAAUGAAGAUUUAGAGGUUUUUCGGAGCUCACUUUAUCCACCAGACUAUCAAUCUCGCUUAGACAUAGUUCGUGCAAAUUCAAAGUCCCCCCUGCAAAGAACUGGCUCCUUAAAAUCUUCAUUGAGGACAGUACAGAUUUCCAGCAGUAUGCUAAGAAAAGACGAAGAAGAGGAGGAGGAAGAUGAAGAUGAGGAAGAGGAGGAGGAGGAGGAGGAGUUAGAUGCUACUAAGGAAGUGAGAUAA